GUAGUUUGUGGUUUUACAAAUAAUAAUAGGCAGAAUACAAUCCAGCAUCAUCUUUAACGUUUCGUAUCUGACAGCGGUAUCUUCGUCCCCUUUGACUGGCUCGUAGAACAAGGCUCCAGACUUCCGCUCCUCAUGUCAGACGAAUCGGCAGAGCUGGAAGCGACCAGCAAACAAGCUGCCAAGCAGACCGUUGAUCCCAUCAAGAGCUUCCUCAGUGGAGGGUUUGGAGGAAUCUCUUGCGUGCUCGUUGGGCAUCCGUUCGACUUGACCAAAACUCGAUUACAGACGGCUGCUCCGGGGACGUACACCGGUGCUCUCAAUGUGGUCAGAAAAACCGUCGCCGCAGAUGGUAUAAGGGGGAUGUAUCGCGGUAUCACGCCUCCGCUUGUUGGAGUUACACCUAUCUUCGCCAUCUCUUUCUGGGGAUACGACCUGGGCAAACGACUCGUCUAUGCCGCUACGCCGAAUAGGACAGAUCAACAUCUCUCCCUCAGUGAAUUGGCAGUCGCGGGGUUCUUCUCUGCCGUACCUGCUACACUGGUCGCUGCUCCAGCUGAGCGAGUCAAAGUAUUGCUUCAGGUCCAAGGUCAAGGCGGUCAAUCUCAAUACAAUGGUCCGAUAGAUGUCAUUCGAAAGCUUUAUGCAGAAGGUGGAUUCAGAUCGUUGUUCCGUGGGACGUUUGCCACAUUGGCGAGAGAUGGUCCAGGAAGUGCAGUGUACUUUGCAACCUACGAAUUCCUCAAGCGUUCACUGUCCGCUCCUCCCGUCACUCUGCCAUCUGGCGAAAAAGCCGCAGCCCCACCUCUAUCCAUAGGAGCAGUCAUGCUCGCUGGAGGUUCAGCGGGAGUCGCCAUGUGGACCUUGGCCAUCCCUCCGGACACCAUCAAAUCUAGACUUCAAUCGGCGCCUUCCGGGACGUACUCUGGUUUCUUAGAUUGUGCUCGGAAACUCAUUGCCGCGGAUGGAGUGACGGCUCUCUGGAAAGGCUUCGGACCGGCCAUGGCCAGGGCUUUCCCUGCAAAUGCCGCUACGUUUGUCGGUGUGGAGCUCAGUUUGAAACUGAUGGACUCGCUCUGGUAGAGGUGGCCAGCGAGGAAUCUAUCCUAGGCCUCGGUACACUUGGUGAUAGGGGGCACGUGGGGUUUAGGACUGCGCGUCCCGGCCCUGCCGUGUCAGGUGCAUUUCAUGGAAAUAUGUAGAGAUGGACAUCGUCUAGAUUAUGCGCGUGAAUAGAAUGGGUU